AAUGCAGUGUGCUAACCAACAGUGCAUAGAUGAAAUGAAAAUUUGUGAUAAUGAACGCAAUUGUUUUGAUGAUAGUGACGAAAUCUGCCACUCUGAUGCUUCCCCAAUUCCAAUCAACAAAAUCGCCUGUCAUAAUCGAGGUCAAGGGUACUGCGAUGGGGUUUGUAAACCACAAUGGCUUUGGCGGGAUGGAAGAACCGAUUGCAUCGAUCAGCAGGACGAACCUACUUCAUCUAGUUACAUAUCAAAUAGAGAUAAAAAUUGCUAUCUAUUUUACAACUCAUUAGGAUAUGCUAAGACAAACUUAUUUCUAACAUUUAACUGUCACAAUACUACUUGCAAGUACGGCCAGUAUCAGUGUCAUAGGGAAAAAUACUCUAUUUCAAUAGAGCAAGUAUGUGAUAAUAUUGAUCACUGUCCUCUCGGUGAUGAUGAAAUUGAAUGUGGUUAG